CUUGAUGACCUUGAGCGCGGGAUAAAUUCAGUCGGCGGUAAUCUGAAUCUGAAGUUCUCCGUUGCUGCGUGGUUAUAAAUUAACAUGGGGUACAGAAAGCAUAGAGGAAACAGGAAGAAUUUGCCAAAAAAGAAUCCUACAAAGCCUUCUUUUCCUGCACAUGCUGACGAUUCCUCCGUAGAGACUGACAGUGUUUGUGACUCAUCAGGUGGUCAGACGCCAUUAUUGUGUAGUCUGUGCAAAAAGGAAUACUAUUCGGUUUUCUCUGCUGCUUGUGGACACCAAUUCUGUAAAACAUGUUCGGAGGAUUCACUUCUUGGUAUGGAUACUUGUCCUUUGGAUAAUAAAGAAAUCGAUGAGGAUCAACUGGUUGAAUUUAUAUGUGCUGGAAGCCAUGACGACAGUAGCUAUGGCCUAGACAAUAUAGAUUCAAUACGUACAUUACAAGCAAGAGUUGACUCACUAACUUUAAUUGUUGAUCGUCUAGUUGAGCAUUUGGUUACUCGAGAUAUGGUAAACACUCGUCGUUUAGUCACAGAAUCUUCUGGAGGCGAUCAGAAAACGAAAGAAUCAACAAUACCUGAUUCAGAAUGCCUUGACAAUUCCUCUGGAUCACCACCACCGCCACCACCAGUCAACCAAGACAAACAGGCGACUUCAGACCUUCCUGCUUGGUCUAAAAUGCAGUCGUUGUUUAGAGAAGAGAAGGAGAAUGCACCACUUGUGCUUAUUACUCCUGAUAACGUUCGUCAAAUGCUUCCACAGUUUUGGAAAAUGGCAACAGAAAAAAACUGCACUGACGAAGAGAAGGUUGAGCGUCUUCGUCUAUGGUGUGAUACUUCUCUGCAGAAAAUGUUGGACAGUUCCAGUGUAUCGCGUAAGGAUUGGCCAUAUAUAUCAUCACUUCUGUAUGGUGAACAGAUUCUCGACGAAUUGAGCAUGAUUAGGUACCUUUCGAAAGUACCUCAACGACAAGGAGAAACACCGUAUCAAUGGUAUUUAAGGGUGUGCGAAGUUGUUCAGCGCAGUUUACCACCGGGACCACAGCAAGAUCGAGAGAUUAAAUCUUCCUUUGUUAGAGGUUUGCUUCCGAAAUACCAAGAAGCCUUGAAAUCUCAGAAGUUGGACUCCAUCGCUGUUAUUCUAGAACAAUGUCAUGCAGUUGAUAGUUUAGCCGUUAAGCAAUCAAAUGCCCAAAAGCAAGUGAAACUGCCACUCAAUCGAACUGAAACUUGCUACCAUUGUGGAUGCUUAGGACAUGUACAACGCGAUUGUCCAGAGUUGCUGCAUGGAAACGGUGCACCAGAACGUCCGCGUUACAAGUAAGACGGAGUGAACCAACCACUGUGCGUGCAUCAAACACAUACACGCACACGCACACACCCUGGACAGAGUUGCAUUUUCUUUCGAUGAUGUUAAGAGAUUAUUGUUAUUUUUCAAAUAAAUAAAUAUUCCAUAAGA